CUCCUCCCCGAUCCCCUCCACCUUCUUCCUCCCACGCCUCAGCCCCCGAUCCACCAACCCACCGCCGCGCCCCAGGCCGGCCAACUACCACCGCCAGUGCUCCGCCCAACUGCCCCACCUUCGCCGGCGCGCCCCUUCCUACCCAACACCGCCUUUCUGGAUGGAGCGCCCCCCAACUCCGGCCUUGCGCCACCCAGGGACUCCCCGGCCUCCCACCGCCCCGGCCGCCCUCACCUGCUACUGCGACGUCCGGAUCCAGCCACACAGCAGCCCCACCGGCCGGCGCUCCGCACCUCCUUCGCUGUCGCGCCGUGCCACCCACCGCCCCAACCGCCACCUCCCCUGGGUAGCCGCGCCGCCACCUUCCCCCGUGCCGCCAGCCUCCCCCGUGGUCACCACCACACCCCUCCCCCACGCACCUUCGUCCCCCCCGCGCCACCCAAUCAACAGAUCCGAGCGUCCGCCGGUCCCCAACAUCCUCCGGAUCGGGCGGCCAUGGAGGGAUGAUGUGUGGGGUGAGGUCCGGCAGCACUCCCGCGUUGACGACGACGGGGCGGCCCCCUCUGUCGGAGCUAUGGUUGGCCUACGCAGCCAACACGGACGCGGCCUCGAUCUGGGGUACCUCCACAGCGGCCUCGAGUGUCGCAGUGUCCCGACGAAGCAGCUCUGACCGGGUGGAUUUGGAACUGCAGUCCACAUCGCACAGAGGCAUGCCCCACUUCCUCCUCUCCAUGCAGUCCACUGUCAAAGCCAAGGGACUUGUUGUCCCGGGGGCAUUAGGGGCAGCUGGCUUCAAAGAUUGGAGGGGGUUCGGUUAUCUCGGCGGUCAGCGACGAGGGAUCCGAGGCAGCCACCGCGCCACCAGCCCCGUGCAGCUCGGUUGUCAGGCCCGUGCAGCUCGGUUGCCACGGCCGGCCUCCAAAGCCUCCUCCCCAACCCCGACACUGGACGGCGCUGCCCCGCCAUCGCUUCACCGUGAUGUAGCUCCAUCGCGCGUUGUCAAGGCGAGGCUACUUCGCCACCCCUGGACUCGGAGGAUCUGGCCUGAUGCGGUUUCGUCAAGCGCCGCCAUGGAGGAUACAAGUCUCGGGUCCUUCUUCUUCCCGGGUCGCCACUGCUCCGACACCAUGGAAGGUCGUGAUGCGCGCCAUCCCUUCACCGUGAUGCACGCGAGAUACAUGCCCCAAGGGUCGUCUCUCCUUCCACCGACGACGGUUGCGGCAGUGCACUCGUCCCUCUCUCUUCCAGUGGAGUUUGGAGUUUGCUAUGUGUCAUUCUUCUGGUUGAAUUUUGCACUCGAUGCGGUCCGCUCUGACCGUUCCCGCAAUUUAGAUGGGAGCUUGAUGAGGUUCACAUUCAAAAUGCACUACUCGAUAGCGGUUCAGCAACUCAUCCCAUGCAGCUCGGUUUGCACAAGCGUGUGGUUUGGUAUAUAGCCCUGUGUAGCUCGGGUGUGGUGGUGUACAGUUUGUGCAUGUUUUUUUUACUGCAAGUUGUGCAUCAUGCAGUUUGAUCUCGGCCACCACCAUCUCAUUGUUCCUGCCCUUGCGACGCGGAGGCCGCAGUCCACCCGACGUUGCGCUGCAGUCCGCUCCCGGCCCCUUAUCUACAAGUUUGUGGUGAAAAAACUGUGGUUCACGUUGUUGUGUUGGAGAGAUCUGCAAGUUGCUCGUUCAAUUUUAAUUUUUCAGGUUUUGCUUGGCACAAAAUUGCAGUUCUCCCAUUCAGAUUCUUUUUUGGGCGUUCUGAUAUGCAGUGCAGUGCGUGUGAGGUACAAAAAAUGUGGUCCAUAUUAUUCAACUUGUGUGUGAUGCGAGCUGACUGUGCAUAUUUUUUUAUAGAAAUAAAACUCCUCCGUGGUCGCGGCGUGCAGUUCCCAGUGGAUGUUGGUGAAUUCGUGUUUGUGUGUGUGUUUCAGUCCUGUGUGUACUUUCUUUUUCUCUUUUAUGUGGAUGUUUGCUUGUGCAACUUAUAUUAAAUGUGUGCAGUAUUAUUCUAUCA